CACCCUCUCCCUGACUCCAGCACCCUCCUCUCUGCAGAGCGACACAUAAAGAGGGAGAGACGCAGUGUAGGGCAGUGUAUGGGCACCCAGCGACGGGCAUGAGACAUCACAUCACAGGUUGUACCCAGUGAUCACGUUGGUACCAGGAAACAUUCCCCAUUGUAGUCAGUUUGCAGCUCGUGGACUCUAUGCCCCUGCAGCUCCCCACAAUGAAUUUCCGCAGCCACCGGCUCCUUCGACGCUCCCCGCCUCCUCCUCCUUCAAUUUCCAGCAAACCAACAGCGAUCAGCAGCAGCAGUGUCUCCAGCCUGAGCAGCAUCGCACAGAUCAGCCCUUGUCUUUACUUGUCCAGCGGGAAUGCAGCCGGCAGCCGACACUUGCUUUACUCUCGUAAUGUCACGUGCAUCGUCAAUGCCACCCUGGAAAUCCCCAACUGCAACUGGCCAGAUGUGGACUACAUGAAAGUGCCCGUGCCCGACCUCCCCCACGCUCCUCUGGCUUUGUAUUUUGACUCAGUGGCCGACCGCAUCCACCAGAAUGGCAAGAGGAAUGGCCGGACACUAGUCCACUGUGUGGCCGGGGUGAGCCGCUCCGCGACCCUGUGUAUCGCCUACUUGAUGAAGUACCACCGGCUCGCUCUCCUCGAUGCCUACCAGUGGGUGAAGACCCGGCGGCCCGUUGUUCGGCCCAACAUGGGCUUCUGGCAGCAGCUGAUCCAGUACGAGAAAAAGCUUUUUGGCAAGAACACUGUGAGGCUGGUGCCCUCCCCCCUGGGCCUUAUCCCCGAUAUAUAUGAGCGAGAGACCCGCAACCUCAUCCCCGUGUGGAACUUCAGAUAAAGAUCCCAUUUCUCCUCCGGGACUUAAUAAAGGGGACACACCGCUAUCAUCUUUUUCCCUUUUAUACUGGGAGGACACAACUUACAGGACCUUUUCUAAACUUAGGAUAUUUUCUAGGCUGCACCCCUUAAUUUGUCACCUUCCAUAAGGAUGAGAAAUAAACGGCUCUAGGGAACGAGGUGUGUCGUUUGUAUGAGCGGAGUUGUGUUGAGUUCUACAAGAGUCUGUUGCCGUGUGCCGGUUGCUAAGGAGAAGAAAACUGGAGGGAGGGCGGGGAGGUUCCGGCGCAUUACAUAGAUUUCUAAAUAAAAGAUAUUUAUUAUCGUA